UCCCACUCUUUCCUGCCCUCAUAAGCCCCACGCCAAGUUAACUCAGAGGACAGUUCUGACUCGGGACCUCAACGGGUGCGCCUCUCGAGAUUUUGGACGCCCUUCAAUAUUGACAUCACUAUCAGCAGCAACGGCAUCAUCAUCAGAAUCAUCAGCAGCAAUACCAUCAUCAGAAACAUCAUCAGCAGCAGCAGCAACACCAUCAUCAGAAACAUAAUCAGCAGCACCACCACCACCACCACUUUCAGCAACAUCACCAGCAGCAGCAAACAUUAUAAACUACAUCAACCACCAGCAACAACAUCGUCAACAUCACCAUCAACAACAACAGCAGCGUGACAUCACCAGCAACAUCGCCGGCUCCAGCAACAAUCGAGCAGCCGCCGUCGAAGCGUCGCUGGCGUGACACGUUUCAUCUGGCAGUGUCUGCGCCGUGACUGACCCGGACGAUUUCCAGGGCGCCUUCUACCCUGCCCAGUAGCUCAGUGCCUGAGAGAAAAGAAGAAAACAAAUCACGACAUUCCGUGACCGAGAACUGCUUCUCCUUCUGGGAACCGCCGAUGGGUUUACUUUUUUUCUGUUGCACAAUUUGCAAAAGGCCGAGUUCCUCGUGAACAAUUUUGUAAAAAAUCCAAAACCUCGUUGGCGUAUCCGGGCUCUGCUGUCGUAAGACGAUGGAUAAUCCUGGCCAGUGACAGAUUACGAGCCCACAUCUGUCCGGGCGAGCUAAUCGGCCUGCCCCGCUUGCCUGGCUGGUUUCCCUGCCCGCCUGCCCGCCUGCCCGCCUGCCUGCCUGCUUGGCCACAUUUUGUCGGCCCCCAACUUUUUUGCGGCCUCUGGUUCCUGAGAGGUCGCGGGUGUUGGCGGGCGGCUGUUGUUGUUGUGCGGUGAGCAGUUUGGUGAGCCGUGGGAGGAAGAGAGUGGUUGCGGGAGGGGGAGGCGGUGGUGAGCGAUGGCGGUGAGCAGCGGUGAGCGUUAAGCGGGCCCGGUGACUGUCGGCGAACGGUGGCUGGGGUGGGUGGAGUGGGUGGUGAGUACGAGUGAUAGCGACGAUGGCACGGCGAGCGGUGCCGGUUAGCGAUGACGGUGGGUGGCGGUGGCAGGCGGUGAGCGGCCGACUGGUGGUCGCUGUCCGGUGAACGCCGAACGGUGGAGGUGGGCCGCUUGGCAUCGUCGGCGAGUGGCGGCCGGUCGGCGGUGGCCGCCGGAAGAAAAAAAAAAAAACAACUUUUUAUUUUAUUUUUUAUUUCACGUCAGGUUGGGCCCACUGAGCUCUCCCUACAUAGCAAACUUGUUUCUCUCCCAGAAGUGACCCCUGGCUGUCAGCAACUAAACAGAGGGCUCCGUCGAAGCGGGCUCAACCGUCGCACGGAAGGCUCGCGGACACUCCGCACCUCGCGAUGCCGACCGCAGACACGGCGGGAGAGACCGCGCGAGUCGGGGGAAAACCAGCGCGGCCGCCACGGCAAGGGGGAGAACGCGCGACCUCCGUACGUGCCGAACCCGCGACCUCCCGCACACCGGGCGAGCGAGGUAACAUCUCGCCGCGGCGGCUGCCGACGAUGGGACGUCCGCUCGGCACCUCCGCGCCGCCGCUCCGCCCAGCGCCGGCGCUCCUCGUGGCUCUGGUGGUGCUGGCGGCGCUGUGCCAGCGCCCGGCCGCCGCCUGCCCCCGGCAGUGCACCUGCUACGUGCCCACGGACGUCCACUGCACGUUCCGCUACCUGGCGGCCGUGCCGGACGGGUUGUCCGCGGGAGUGGAGAGGAUCAACCUGGGCUACAACAGCAUCGCGCAGCUCGGAGCCGAGGCGUUCGCCAACCUGGGCGCUCUCGAGCUGCUCAUGCUGCACAGCAACAACAUCCAGAGCCUGCCCGCCAACGUCUUCAAGGACCUCGGGUCCAUGCAGGUCCUGAAGAUGAGCUACAACAAGGUGAAGGUGAUCAACCGCGAGACGUUCCACGGCAUGGGCGCCAUCGUCCGCCUCCACCUGGACCACAACAAGAUCGAGUUCGUGCACCCGGACGCCUUCGGGGGCCUCUCCACGCUUCGCUUGCUGCACCUGGAGGGCAACCUCCUGCGCCAGCUGCACCCCAACACCUUCGUCACCUUCUUCCUGCUGGACCACGUGCGCGUCUCCGCCAUCCGGCACCUGCACCUGUCGGACAACGACCUCGAGUCGCUGCCACGCGACAUGAUGGCCUACCUGGGCGGGCUGGAGAGCCUCUACCUGCACGGCAACCCGUGGGCCUGCGACUGCUCGCUGCGGUGGCUCCUCGAGUGGGAGAGGGCGCACGAAGACGUGGUGAAGUGCAAGCGCGACCGGGCUUACCGGGGCGGCCGUCUCUGCGCCACGUGCGCCAGCCCGCCCGCCCGCGCCAACCAGGAGCUGCUCGGCGGCGCCACGCAGCUGUCCUGCAGCCGCCCGGCGAUCCGCUCGCCGCUCAAGCUGCGCAACAGCACCCUGUGGGAGGGCUCGGAGGGCGAGCAGGGAGCGCCGCCGCCGCCACCCCCCGUCGACCUGCGGCGGCCCAUCGGCAGCGUCGUGCUCAACGUGUCCGAUGAGAACGGCAACCGCGCCGACCUGGCGUGCAACGUGCAGCGGCCGCGCGAAGGCGACGCCGGUGCCGGCGUCCACCCGCCCCGGUGGGAGGUCGCGGACGGCGUCCUGUCGGCGAACCUCACCUACGCGACCUCCCUGGCCUGCGAGCUGGGGCCCGAGGAGAUGCGGACGCUGUGGAAGAUCAUCGCCUUCUACAGCGAGGCGCCGCUCCGCCUCGCCAGGGAGCUCAUGCUGAGCAAGGAGCCCCACCCGAGCUUUCGUUACAGGCAGGCGGCGCCCGACGGCGAGUCGCGGCACUUCACCGGCGUGAGGGCGGCCGUCAUGGCCUCGCCUGCCUGGCUCAUGCAGGAUGUUAUCGAGCUCAGGCUCGACCGCAGGCGGACGACGCUCAAGACGCUCUACGUGGCCUUCACGGCGGAGGUGAGCGACGCGCGCCGCCUCCCGGGCCAGGCGGACCGCAACAGUUGGGCCAUGAUCAGCCGCGACCGGGACGCCGGCACGGAGGCGGUGGCACUGUCGGGCGGCGUUUUUGAGCUCGACUGCCGUGCCUUCGGCUUCCCCAAGCCGACCGUGCGCUGGAUUCUGCCGGACGGCACCUUCCUGCCGGCGCACGAAGGCGACGACGGCGGCGGCGGCGGCACCGACCGCGGCCAGGGCGACGGCCGCCCCGCCCGGGCGACGGCGUCGGCGGACGGGCGGCUCGCGGUGCGGGCGGCGGUCGCCGCGGACGCCGGCACCUACCGCUGCGUGGCAACCGCGAGGGAGGACCACGACGUGCUGGCGGUGCGCGUCGAGGUGCUCGACUUCUCGUCGGGCCGCGACGUCAACGGCGCGGUCGUCGCCAAGCACGCGGGCGACGCCUUGGCCCUGCCGUGUGCGGCGAGCGGCGCGCCCGACCCCUCCGUGCGGUGGAUCCUCCCCGACGGGACGACGCUGGGCAGGCCGGGCGCCGGCGGCGGGCAGGCCGUCGGCGGGGCCCGCGUGUCGGCCAACGGCACGCUGACCGUCGAGGAGGUGGGCGACGGCGGCGGUGGCUACUACCACUGCGUCGCCGUCAACUCGCACGGCGUCGAUCUGCUCACGCACCGGGUGGUCGUGAAGCACCGGCUGAGGCCGCCGCCUCUGCCGGCGCGUGGCCGGAGCACGAAGGCCCGCAUCGAGCUGCUGCUGCCGGGCGGCGGCGUCGGGGCCGGCAGGGAGGCGGUGGUCGCGCCGGACGAGGGCUCCGGAGGGGCGGGAGAAGCGAUCGACGAAGAGGACGACGGCGACAGAGGCAGAGCUUCAGCCGCCGUGGCCGCGGCCGCGACGGCGACGGCGACGAGGGCGAGGCGGCCGUACGUGCGGCCCGCUGGCGCCGCGAGACGGGUCCCAGCGAGGCCGUUCCGCAAGGGGGUGGUGGCGGCGGCGGCUGGGCACAGGGCUCAGACGGUGGAGGGGAGGCGAGGGGGGUCACGAGAGGAGGGGGAGAAGGACAAGGACAAGGAGGAGGAGGAGGAGGAAGAGUCUGGAGCGAGGUUGAAUGGGAGACGGACUCAGACGAGGCCAUUCCGGGAGGGGACAUCGGCUGCCCCCGGCAGACGCAAGGCCCAGACCACGGCGGAGAGGCGACGGGGGUCAGAGGAGACCUCCCAAGAGUCCGGCAGCUCACGGAAUGAGAAGCAUGAUGAGGAAAGAGGAGAAGGGGAGGAGGAGGAGGAGCAGGUGGAAGAGCAGAAGGCGGACGAGGCUGGGGGAAGAGCAAACGGCAGACGGACUCAGACGAGGCCGUUCCGGAAGGGGACAUCAGAUGCGAUGGGUGGGCGCAAGGCUCAAAUGGUGGAGGAGAGGCGAGCGGCAUCACGGGAGGCUUCAAGGGGUCAAGAAAGCGAAGAGGAGAAUGCAGAGGAGGGGGAGGAUUCUGGAGGGAGGACGAACGGGAGACGGAUUCCGGCGAGGCCGUUCCGAAAGGGGAUAUCAACUGCCGCGGGCGGGCGCAGGCCCCAGACCCUGGAAGAGACCCCAGCAGAGGCCUCCCCAGAGUCUAGCAGCUCGCAGAACAGGAACGAAGAGGAGGAGAAGGAGGAGGAGGAGGAGGAAAGGGAGUCCGUAAGGAGUUCGAACGGGAGACGGAUUCCGACGAGGCCGUUCCGAAAGGGGGCAGCGGUUCCGGGUCGGCAUCGGGCCCAGCCCGCCGAGGAGGAGGAGGAGGAGAGACGGAAGCCCCUCCAAGAGGGCGGAGGGAGCUCAAGGAAGGAGGAGAUUGGGAAGGACAAAAGUGCAGAGGAGGAUAAGGAGGAGAAGGAGGAGAAGGAGGAGAAGGAGUCUGCAGGGAGGUCGAGGGACCGCACGGAUUCCGGGAAUGAGCAGCGGACGCCCGGCAGGCGUUGGGGCGCUGGCGGUGGCGCUGGCGGCGGCAGCUCACGGAUCAGCCAGCAGAUCGGGCGGCUGGACCCGAAGAAGUGGGCAGAGAUCCUCUCGCGUGUGCGCAACCGCAACGUGGCGCGGGCGCGGACCACGAGCGCGCCGGGGCCCGCGACGAUGGCGGGGGCGCCGCCGACGGUGGCCGGCGCACCCAGCGGGGCCACGACGAGCGAGCCGUGGCAGCUCGUGGAGUCGGAGGAGUCGGAGAGCGAGGAGGAGCGGGAGGAGGAGCAGGAGGAGCUGCUGGACGCUGGGACGCUGACACAAGCAGCGCUGCCGGCGUCCGUGCUGGAGCUGUUCGAGCCGGAACACGGUGGCGGUGAUGGCACUGGGAAUGGGGCGGAUCGAGGAGAGUCCACGAGCGUGGACGAACUUGAGGAGGAGGUGGAGGAGAUCGACGAGAAGGAAUCCGAGCGAGAGGAGUCCACGAGCGUGGACGAACUUGAGGAGGAGGUGGAGGAGGAGGACGAUGAGAAAGAUGGAAAACAACCGUGGGAAAAUGAUGACGAUGAUGAUGACGAAGAUGGAAAACAACCAUCGGAAAACGGUGUUGAUGAUGAUGAUGAAGAUGGAAAACCGUCGGAAAACGAGGACGAUGAGAAGGAUGGAAAACAACCGUGGGAAAAUGAUGACGAUGACGAUGAUGGAAAACAACCAUCGGAAAGCGAUGAUGAUGAUGAUGACGAAGAUGGAAAACAACCGUCGGAAAACGAUGACGAAGAUGGAAAACAACCAUCGGAAAGCGAUGGUGAUGAUGAUGACGAAGAUGGAAAAGAACCGUGGGAAAAUGAAGACGAUGAUGGAAAACAACCAUCAGAAAAUGAUGAUGAUGACGAAGAUGGAAAACAACCGUCGGAAAACGAUGACGAAGAUGGAAAAGAACCAUCGGAAAACGAUGAUUACGAUGAUGAUAGAAAACAACCAUCAGAGAACGAUGAUGAUGACGAGGAUGGCAAUGAUGAUAAUAACGAUGAUGAAAAUCAAACAUCAGAAAUUGAUGAUGAUACCGAUACAAAAGGAACCUCAGAAAGUGAAGAAACAGCCGAAGAGUCACAACCCCCCCAUGAAACCACUCCAGACUUCACAUCGGCGCCAGCAUGGCCGGAGUCUGGGCUACCGGCGAAACCACAGGGGGGCACCUGGCACAAGUCGGGCACUUCUCGAGAAGGAGAGGAGGAGGACAAGCAGGUGGAAGAAGAAGAGACAGUGGAGGAGGAGGAUGACGCCGAGGUGGGAGAAGAGCAGCCGACAGACUCGGCCACGGAGCAGACAGGCGAAGGAAGCAACGACGGAGACGAUAGAGGCGCCCACCACACGGAGCCCACGACGGACGCCGCCGAAACCGUGGACGCGUGGCCGGACACGGCGGCGCCGACGGCCGCCAAACCCGCCGAGCAUGACCCGCCCGUGGUCACCGAAGCGGCCUCCUCCCCCGAGCGGCCCGCAGCCUCUCCGGAGCAUGCGACGGCCGGCAGAGGCCGCUGGCCCUUCGCCGGGCGGCGACGGCCUCCCCAGCGGUGGAGGUUUCAGGAGGCGGGGGAGAGAAGCAAUCGCUUCGGCGAUGCUCGCCGGCCGCCCGUGCCGGGGUUCGGUGCACGGAGGGGAGGCUAUGCGGGCCGAAUGGGACCGGUUGAUAACCAGGAAGGUGGAGGCCGGAACAUCGGGCCGAUCGCCGUAGCGAAAGCAAAGGCAACGACGGCGGUGGCGGCGACGGCGAAACCGGAAGGUCCGGAUCUGGCGGUCACGCUGGCGGACAAGACGAUCGGAGCACCGAAGGCCACGGCCGACGUACCGCCGGAGGGUCUGGUGGAGGGUGCCGACGUGGAUGCAACGAGGGCAGGCGGCCGUGCGGUGGCGGCAGAGACGACGGAGAGCCAACGUGCGGAGGAUACGCUCAGAUCUCCCGGAUCUGACGCCGUGGAGCCUCCAGAAUUGACUCGUCUGGCGGAGGAGGAGUCGGGCAAUCGCUGGGAAGGGCCGGAACGGCUCCGCGAGGCCGAUGGCGGAUAUGGUGAAGUGGUGGGUCACGGCGGCGUCGGUGGUGGUGACGGUGAGGAUGGCAAUGCCAGGGGAGUUCCCCAGGAACCUGAUGGUGGCCGUGGCAAUGACAAUAGAGCAACCGCCUCGUCCACUGUUGAAGAAAUGUUUUCUGUUGAUAAUGAUAACGGUGGAGAUAACAAUCGUAGAGAUGAUGACAGAGGUGACGAUCGAGGUGACGAUGACGGCGACAAUGACGACAACCAUAAACAAGAUGAAGAGGCGGAACAAGAGGAGGAUGUAGAGCUGUCUGAGAUUCGGACCCCAGUUCACGAAUCGACGAGGCGCGGCGGCUCCAUCGUGGAUGGAAUCUUCAUGGAGGUUGGGCGCGGUGGAAACGGCGGCGAUGGGAAGCUGCCGGCCGGCUCAUCACGUGACCCGGCGGAGGAGACCGAGUGCCUUCGGAAAGCUGGAGACCCUGGCCCAAUGCCUACGGAGAGGCUGGAACGAAGGAGCCACGUCGCAUUGAACAGCGACGUGGAGGUCAACCCGAGGUCGGCGCUCAGCCCCGCCCACAAGGGCCCGGAGGAGAGCCGCCCGUUUCCGGCGGCUCCCCGGAGGGAACCCAACGCUCCAGGGUGCCGGACGAGCCGACGGGGCGUGGAGAGUCUGCAGGGACGAGGCCCCCGCCGUCGGGCCAAGCCCACGGGGAGCCACCACACCGCUCAGAAGGUACCCAGCAAGGUCACCGCCGAGGCCCUGGGGGAACCGGUGCUGCUCCCGAUUCACGCAGCGGAGAAACUUCUGGUGGAGGCACUGACCGUGGAGCCGACGUUCCGGGAAGAUCUCCUCCUCCUCCUCCUCCUCCUCCUCCUCAUCAUCCUCCUCCUGCCGGCAGGGUUGAUGUCCCGGAACGGCAGCGGCCACGCUUGGGACAAGGGCCCCACGCGGGACGGCGCCGCAUCUCGGCACGACCGACGCCGGCUGGCGUGGGCGAGGGCGGCGGCCGCACACAGACAUCCGUGUCUGCCGCCGGAGCUGGGCGGCCCUCGUUCCGCGAUGGAGCCGUCAGCGGUGCUGCCGAGUGGCAUCCUCCGCGCUCGCGCGAGCCAACGGUCAGCGGCGGCGGCCCGGAAGCAUCCGCCGGAGUUCCCGAGUUGCGCGAGCCCUCGCCGGUGCCUGGCACGCUUCCCAAUGGCGCUUCGAGCGGCCAUGCCACGGAAUCCGAGCAGAACCGCCUGGGGCCGUGGCCGUGGCCCCCUCGCGCCCAACCGAGCCCGGCGAGCGGCAAUCCCACAGAGGCCCACGCAGGUUCCGGCGAGCCCUUCCGCGGGCCGUGACAGGGCCGCCCCGCUCGACCGGUCGAGGGCCGGCGGGCGACGCCCGUGGGACAGACGAGGACCGAACGGGCAGUUGCGGCCCGCGGAAGGACUGCUGCCGCGCCGCGUGCCGGGUCGGUUGGGGCCGGAGGAGCGAGUUCACGGGGUCGGCAGUCACGGCAGUGGCGGUGGGGUCGGGCCCGCGACGCACGCUGCCCGGGCAGGCAACGGCCGCGACUCGCACGCAGAGGGGGUGACGUCGGCCGCGGAGGGCGUCCCGGGCGAUGGCGGCGGGCUUCACGCCGCGUCGCCCGAUCACGUGGGCGGAAGCCAAGUGGGGCAGGCGGCUCAGCGUGAAGAAAAUCGGGAAGACCCAGCACCGGAAACCGCGGAGCAGGUGGCUCCUCCUGCCCUGGUGCCACCUUUUCGGAGGCAGCCGGUGGAUCCUCCACACUCCGCGGGGACGACGGCAACGUCGGCCGACCCCGGGCGCCCAAGCGAACGCGUUGGGCAGCCGCCAGCGGGGCCCGUCCUUCCGGAGCGGCCCGCAAGCCCAUCGUCUGGGACGGCCCCGGGGAGGUGGCCGGUGGUCGACCCGAGGCCUCAGCCGCCCCGGCCCGGCGCGGGGCAAAGCGUGGACGUGGCCUCCUCGGGACAAUCCGGGACCAUCCCCCGUUCCGGACUCGCGAUCGCCUCGUCAUCGGAAACAACGCGAGGUGGUGGUGGGCUACGCGGGGAAGCCGGUGAACCGGCACCAGGCUGGCCCUCUCCGCCGGGGCCGGGAGCCGAAGUUCCGACACCGGGCCAUGGCGACGGCACACCCGACGACCGUACCGGGCACACCGACAACUCCAUAGCCUCCACCUGGGGAAGGCCGCAUGGCAUCCCCGACGCUGCCACACCAAGGCCGCCCGGAAGAGAGCUGAACCGGCUGCAGGCGCCGGGCACGGCGGGCGCCGGAGUCCUUUGGAGGCGACCGCCGACGCCGCAUGGCGCGGCCACGGAGAAGCCGCGGGUGGUGAAGACCACGACGCAGAGGCCGACGACGCUCAAGCCCGUCCACAACUACCGCUGGGACCAUGCACUGAGCCGCUACGUGCCCGUCUACCUCACGCCGAAACCGCCGCCACUAGCGCCGCGGCCGUGGCCCUUCUACGCGACGGUUCGGCCUCCGGCGGCGGGGGCCGGCGGCGUCGGCGGCCGUGCCACGAACCGCCCCGAAAUCACGGCUUUCACCGCCAAGCCGAGUGGCACCACGACAACGGCGGCGGCGGUGGCGCCGACGGAGAGCCCGCACGGACGCACCAAGGUCACCGUCAACUCCAUCGUCAUCCCCGGGUGGCCGUCGGGAGUCAAGCACCGAGGCUCCAUCGUCAUCCACCGCACGCCCGGCCGCUUCGGCUCCCGGAGCGGUCAGUUGCACGUGAGCAGCAGCAGCAGCAGCAGCAGCAGCGGCGGUGCCGGCGGCGGCUACAACUACAACACGAACAACGGCGUCAGGCCCGGAGUCUCGAUAAUCGUCCACAGCGCCGUGGUAGGCCACAGACCCACGCAGGCGCCGGGACAAGCUGCUGCUGCUGCUGCUGGUGGCGGUGGUGUCGCGACGGGAGCCAGGACGACGGCGAGGUCACCCUUCGCCGGCAGGAGGGUGCCCGAGUGGCGGCCAUUUGGGCGGCCGUACCGGGGUCCGACCGGAGCCAGCACGACGGUCGCGGCCGCCACUACCGCCACGGCCGCAGCCACCUUGCCACCGCCGCCGCCCCAGCGCCGCUACCCGAUGUUCGACAACAAGCUCCAGCAGCCGCCGCGGGAGCGAGCAGGGGACCGCCAGGGCCCACCCGGCGUCGUUCCACCCGGCGUCGUUCCGCCCGCGGCGAAUGCGGUGCCACGUGCCGGCGCUCCGCAGAAACCGCGCAUCAUCACCGGCGGCGGCGUGGGCGGCACCGGCACCGUCACCGUGGCGGCCGACGCCGACCUCUACGUGGACUGCCAAGUGGAGGGCAACCCCCCGCCUACCGUCACCUGGAUGAAGGUGUCCACAGGCGCCGUCAUCAAGGCCAACUCCCGGCACGGCUCGCGCUUCGAGGUGUUCGGCAACGGCACGCUGGCGAUCCGCGGCGCCGUGCUGCAGGACCGCGGCCAGUACGUGUGCACGGCGGCGAGCGCCCUGGGGGCCGCCCGGCUCGCGGUGGCCGUCGCCGUCAGCGCCCAGCCGCCGCGCGUCCUCGUCGCCGCUCGCCACCGCGACGUCACCGCGCCGCUCGGCUCCGUGGCCGAGCUGGCGUGCCCCGCCGAGGGGCGGCCUGCGCCCCAGCGGGCCUGGGUGCUGCCCGACCGGACGGUGCUGCGCGGCGCGGCGGCGGCGGCGGCGGCUGGGCCGGCGGCCGUGCCGGCGACCGGAGCAACAAUAAUUAUUCCAACUCGCAAUGUCCAUCGUCCUCGUCUGCCUGCUUGCGCGCCAGCGGGUGGGCGCGCCAGCCUGGACGCCAACGGCACGCUGCGCAUCGCCGACGUCUCCUUCGCCGACCGGGGCCCCUACAAGUGCGUCGCGAGCAACUCGGCCGGCGCCGACACGGCCACGGUGCGCCUCCACGUCCUCGGCCUGCCCCCCAGCAUGCUGCAGGGCCGCCGCUCCGACGUCACGGCUCGCGCCGGCGCCGCCCUCGCCCUGCACUGCGCGGCGCGCGGAACCCCGGCGCCCUCGUUGCGCUGGGUGCUCGCGGGCGGCGCCCAGAUCCGCCCGUCGCAGUACCUCGACGGGCGCCUCUUCGUCUACCCCAACGGCACGCUGCUGGUGAAGAGCGUCGCGCCGGCCGACGCCGGUGCCUUCGAGUGCCUCGCCACCAACUCGCUGGGCGCCGACCGCAGCGUCUUCGUCGUCACCGUCGAGCAGCACCAGCAGCAGCAGCAGCAGCACCAGCGGCGGCCGUUACCGGACGACGUUCGGCCGCAGCGGCAGCAGCUACCGGCGAUCGGCCGGGAGGCCGGGGCGGUCACGGAGGAAGGCCGUGCGGCCAGGCCCGGCGCGGCCAGGAUCGUGGCGUCGACGCCGCGGCGCAUGCAGGUUAGCUACGGCGCCAUGCUGCAGCUGGCGUGCAACGCGAGCGGAACGCCCGCGCCGCGCAUCCUCUGGAGGCUCCCGUCGAAGAAGUUUGUGGACAUCUACUCGCGCUCGGACGAGCGCACACGCGUGCUCACCGACGGCUCGCUGGUGGUGGCGGGCGCCAGCGAGGCGGACGCGGGCGACUACCUGUGCCUGGCGCGCAACGCCCUCGGCGACGACGCCGCCGCCACCAAGGUGGAGGUGCUGCUGCGGCCGGCGCGCAUCGACGGCAAGGGGCCCGGCGGGGACCGGCGGGUGCGCUACGGCGGCGACGUCAAGUUCGACUGCGUCGCGUCGGGCGUGCCCAACCCCGAGAUCUCGUGGAAGGUGCCGGACGGCACCCUGGUGAACGGCGCCGCCGCCGCCGGCGCGGGUGGAGGAGGAGGAGCAGCGGGAGGAGGCGGCGGAGGCGGCGGGGAGCGCAGCAAGCGCUUUGUGCUGUUCGACAACGGGACGCUGUUCUUCGACAAGAUGGGCGUGCGCGACCAGGGUGACUACACCUGCUACGCGGAGAAUAAGGUCGGGCGCGACGAGAUGGUCGUGCGGGUGCUGGUGGAGACGCGAGCCGCCCGCGUCGAGCACAAGGAGAGGAACGCGCUGGUGCAGGCCACGUCGGGCUCGACGGCCCUCCUCGAGUGCCAGGUGUCCGGCGAGCCGGCGCCGCGCCUCGCCUGGUCGACUCCCAACGGCGAAGUCCUCCUCGCCCCCUCCUCGUCCGCCUCCUCCUCGUCCCCGCGCCUCCACGUGCUCGCCGACGGCUCGCUGGAGAUCCGGGCGGCGCGCCGUCGCGACGCGGGCGACUACACCUGCUCGGCGCGCAACGCCGCCGGCUCGGACGCGCGCACGGUGCGCCUGGCGGUUCGCGACCUCCCGCCGGCCAUCAACGGCCUGGCGGGCGACGCGCUGGCGGAGCCGCGGCGCGAGGCCGCCCUGGCGCACGCGCGCAAGCUCCUCCACUGCCGGGCCGAGGCACGGCCGCCGCCGGACGACCACGAAGACGGCGACGCGCGGCCGCUUCCCCGCGUCGCCUGGGCGGUGCCCGGCGGCGUCGUCCUGCCGGCGCCGUACCGCGGCAGCCGGCUGGUGGUGCACGCCAACGGCACGCUGGAGAUCCGCAACGCCCGGCCGUCCGACUCGGCCGACUUCGUGUGCGUGGCCCGCUCCGGCGACGCCGAGAGCCGCCUGACCGUGCGGCUGGAGGUCGUCGACGUCCUCGAGGCGCCGUCGUUCCCCCCGGCCGGCGGCGGCGGCGGCGGCGGCGGCGGCGAGGACGAGACGGUCGCGGUGGAGCCGGGCCGGCGCUCGGCGCUGCUCAACUGCUCCGCCGAGGGCUCGCCGCGGCCCCGGGUGGCGUGGACGCUGCCGGGCGGCGCUCGCCUCGCGCCGGGCCAGAGCGCCGGGCGCUUCUCGGCGGGGGAGGACGGCGCCCUGCGGGUCUCCGAGCCCGGCGCGGGCGACGCGGGCCGCUACCGGUGCGCGGCGAGCAACGCGGCCGGCGUGGCCGAGCGCUCCCUGCGCCUGGAGCUCGGCACGCGGCCCCGGAUCUCGCCGUCGGCGUCCCACCCCGGCGGGCUGGUGCGCGUCAUCAGCGGCGAGACGGUGACGCUCGACUGCGCCGCCGCCGGCGACCCCCCGCCGACGGUCUCCUGGACGCUGCCUGGCGGCGCGCUCCUGGAGAGUGCCGCCGGCGCCGGCGCCGGCGCCGGCGCCGAGCACGCCGGCCGCUUCUCGCUGCUCCCCAACGGCUCGCUCGUCGUGAGCGACGUCACGGCGCACGACCGCGGCAACUACGUGUGCCGGGCCCGCAGCCGCCUCGGCGAGGACUCGCGCCUGGUGCCGGUCAUCGUCAUCGCCUACCCGCCGAGGAUCACCGCGGGGCCGCCCCAGACGUACCACGCCCGGCCCGGCACGUCCCUGCAGCUGUCGUGCCUCGCCAUCGGAAUCCCGCGGCCCGACAUCACGUGGGAGUUGCCGGACCGCACAGCGUCUCUCCGCCGCGGCGGCGGCGCCGGCGGCCGGCGGCGGAGCGUCCGCGGCGAGACGAGCGGCGGAGGGAAGUUCCUGGUGCUGCCGCAGGGCGCCCUGGUAAUCCCGAGCGCCGGGCCGCGCGACAGCGGCGUCUACCGCUGCACGGCGCGCAACCUGCUGGGCAGCGAUGUCAAGGCGACGUACCUCUACGUGCUGUGA